UGUUAUUUUAUAAAACAAUUACUUAAUGGUUUCCGUGUUUGGAUGAACUGAUCCAAACACUUGGGAAUGUUGCUCGAGUUUAGAAAAACUCUUUUCUAGAAGCGCUUUUCUAGAUCAUCCAAACACGGAAACCAUUAAUUAAGUAAGUAAUUAUUAAAUACACAACUUUUUUAUAAACGACAUUUAUUGUAUACUCAACAACAACAUUUGGAAGCAAGGCUCUCGAUUUAAAUAUGCUUACUUUUUACCUGCACGAGGUUUCUGAGGGCCUAAUUCCACGGUUUUUCUCGCCGAAAUGCGAAAUAUUUCGCCUGUUUCUUUUGAAUUUCGACUACUUGAAUAAAUUAAUUCUGCUUCAUUGCUCACAACUCAAAAGAAAGAGGCGAAAUAUUUCGCAUUUGCUUGAAAAUUUAGUCAGUGGAAUUAGCGCUUUAGAUCGCUGUUAAAUUAGAAGGAGUUCAAGUUUGUUUGAAUUUUUAUUGAGUGUUUGAUAAUAUGCAAAUAUAUCACUUCUAAAGUAUCAUACUGAGCAAGUGGCUUGCAUGAUAAAGAUGUUCUUUUGUGACGUGUUUAUUAUCUUGGCAGCAGUGUGUUUGUUUGAGCCUAAGAAAAGCUAAGUGGACAAGUUUAAUUACUAAGUAAAGAGCUGAAGAGUUUGUUCAAUAGUUCGUUUAUUAAUAUGAAACUAAAAACUCGUUGCCAGGUAUUGCUAACAGCAGUGGCCGUCAUUACAAUCUGCACAGCGAUGUAUUUUUUUCAUAGUCGUCAGUCUACAAAGAAAUGUCGUGAUGUGUCUGAACAUGGAGAUCCUUGGAUAAUCAAUUCGACGAAGGCACCAUUGUUACCAGUUCCUAAAGAUAUAGAAAUGACAGUUGGCCCUGAAGAAUGGAUAAGUAGGACAAUUAAUGAUCCAAAUGUAAAGUUGCAAGAAUGUCCAUCAUUGCUUCAAUUAAAAAAGAACGAUUCAGAUCUUGCUUGUCGGUUACCAGAGAUUGAUCCAUUCCAUCCAUCAAUAAUGAAGUUAUUCUCUGAUGUGGCAAACCCUAACUGUGCGAAGCACAAAUCCUAUGGAAAAUUAGUAAAUGGUAAAAUACAAUUCUUAGAUCCUGAAGUUAUUUCAGCGAAUUAUCGUCGGAUUAUUAGGCAAGGAGACUUUAAGUUCAUUCUUGGUAAAAGUGUCCCUGUACCAGCAAUGAAUACAGAAGAAAAAAUCACGGAUGAAUUUAUUGAAGUUGAAUAUUUGCUCAAAAAUAAGAAGAACGUUAAAGAAAUCUUUCUCCAGCCUGUCCCGCAUGAGCAUUUGGUAAAACGAAAGGCAGAAAAACAACCAGGAAUACCGUUAAAUAUUUUAAUCAUUGGUGUAGAUUCACUUUCUCAUGCAAAUACACAGCGAAGACUGCCUAACGUAUAUAAAUAUCUCAAAAACGAACUUGGAGCGAUGUUUUUUAAUGGACACUCGAUAGUGGGGGACGGCACCACAGAGCAAUUGACCGCUAUGUUAACUGGACAAGGAGAACUUGAACAAUAUGAAUCAAGACGCCAUCACAAAAACCCCAAGCCUGUAGAUGGAUGGUCUUGGAUAUAUAAGCAACUUAAAGAACGAGGUUAUGUAACUGGUUACUCUGGUGACUGGCCAAUUAUUGGUCCAUGGCAGUAUAGACUAAUGGGAUUCGAAAAUCCGCCCACAGAUUUCUAUACCAGGCCAUUUUUUUCUAUGGCUGAAAAAUUUGUAAAAACAAAAGACCAGUGCUUAGCUUCAAAAACUAUAUCAAAUGUUCAGUUUGAUUAUAUCCAAGAAGUGUUUGAUGUGUUCAAAAAUCAAUUGAAGUUUUUUUUCUCAUUUAACGUACGUUACUCUCACAAUUCCAACAGUGAAACAUCGAAGAUUGAACCAGAUUUAUUAUCACUUUUAAAAGGUUUAAAACAAAAUAAUCAUCUCAACAACACAUUACUUAUAAUCAUGGGGGACCAUGGCACUCGAUAUGGCAAAAUACGAACUUUGGUGCAAGGAAAACUCGAAGAAAGACUUCCACUUUAUACAAUGGCAUUUCCAAAAUGGUUUCUCAGAGAAUAUCCAGAGAUUUCCAAGAAUCUAAAACUAAACACAAACCGUUUGACGUCAUGGUAUGACGUAUACGCCACUUUCCGUCACAUGCUCAGUUAUCCUGAGGUCCCUGCUGAUAUAAAACACGGUCAAAGCUUGUUGAUAGAAGUUCCCAUAUCACGCACAUGUUCUCAGGCUAACGUUGAGGAACAUUGGUGUCCAUGCUUAGAAUGGGUAGAUGUAAAUCUUGGACAUAGUCACCUGAAUAAUUCAGCUCUUGCAGCAGUGGAGUUCAUGAACAAUGCUAACCUGGAACACAAAAAGAGUGCUGAAAACUGUCAAAAAUUAUCACUAAAGAAUAUAAACUACGCGCUAUUCGAACGACCAAAUGAUAAAGUCUUGUCAUUUAAGCAAACAAACGAUUUGAAAGCUGCGUUUAGUGACAAGUCACGUCCAAAUCACAAGGAUUUUUGUCGCUAUCAAGUACAAUUUACGACGAUACCAAAUAAUGGAAUAUAUGAAGCAACCGUACGCUAUCAUAAAGAUUGGUUUAUUGUAAGCAAGGCUAUUAGCAGAGUGAACAAAUACGGGAGUCAACCAGAAUGCAUUGCAAGAGAUCUUCCGCAUUUAAGAAAAUAUUGCAUGUGCAAAAGAACUGAUGUGCGCGAAAUGUGUUUCUAACUAUUGACACAAUUUCUAAAUAGGCAUUUUUUAUUUAUUACUCGGUUUUGUUUUGUUAUUGUCUUUUUUUGUGUGUGUGUUUUGGCGCAGCUUUGUACCCUGCGGAAGGCCAGAAGGAACAGAGCCCCAUUCAGAGUAGCAACCUUCGGCCAAUUUCACUGUUUGUGAUCUAUUAGACAGAAAGUCAAUUAUCUUUUUAUUUAAAUUGAAUAGAAUUUAC